ACGUUUAGCUAUUUUGACCUGACGUGAUUUAUAUUGUUUUAGUAAUACGUUGGAAUUGGAACUGAUUGUGUUUUAAUUGUCAACAGAUCGCACCAGCGAGAACAAUGCGAGCGCACUGAUACGAGCGCUUCCUGACCAGCUGCGACCCGUAGCCGCCGACAAAAUGCCUUAUCACAGCACACUGCAGCUCCGGCCUCAGUUCUCGGUCAGAUAUCACCCGCGGGCGACCCCCUCGCUACCUAAGCAAGCUCAUUAAACAAAUUAUGAGGAAAUAGAAAUGGGUGGCGAACGCCGUUCAUUUGUGGCGUCAAAGCGGUGCGGAAAUGACAUGUGAUUGAUGUGUGCUUAUUGGAAGUUAAAAUGGGUGAUUUGUCACCGAGUGCGUACGACAACAAGGACGACAAUUUGACUCAGUUCAAGCUGGAUGACUACUCCGACGAGGCUCUGGCGAAGAUGGAGUUGUUCAAGGACUACCCGGAGGCCUUGUUGAGGUUCGCGUCGGUGUGCUGCGUCCUCUUCAUGCUGGUGGGGAUCCCGGGGAACCUCAUUACUAUCAUCGCCUUAGCGCGGUGUAAAAAGGUCCGAAACGCAACCGCGGUGUUCAUAAUGAACCUCUCCUGCUCCGACCUCCUCUUCUGCUGCUUCAACUUACCUCUAGCGGCUUCGACGUUUUGGCAGCGCUCCUGGGCGCACGGCAGGACGCUCUGCCGCAUGUUCCCGUUGGCUAGAUAUGCGCUGGUCGCGGUGUCGCUGUUCACCGUGUUAGCUAUUACCAUCAACAGAUAUGUCAUGAUAUCACAUCCGCGGCUCUAUCCUAAGCUGUAUAGAAGACAGUAUUUGGCAGUAAUGGUGGCAAGUACUUGGGCGUUCGCGUUUGGAGCGCUCAUAGCAACGUGGUUCGAGAAAUGGGGCCGUUUCGGCCUCGAUCUCAGCAUUGGCUCCUGUUCUAUACUUCCGGAUGACAACAAAAGAUCUCCAAAAGAGUUCCUCUUUGUCGGUGCGUUCAUGCUUCCCUGUCUCGCUAUAGUUAUUUGUUAUGCGAGGAUAUUCUGUAUAGUUCGUGAAGCAGCAAGAAAAUCAAGGGCACCGGCGCGGAGCCGGACUCGACCCGGACGAGAAGACUCGGCUAUGGGCUCGGCGUCCACUGCGGUAGAAAGGUCGCCGGGCCCUGAAAAUGGAACUAACCAUGCGGCGCCUCCGCGAAGAAAUCUUCUUGCUCCACCAGUCUUACACUGUCCACCGACUCCAGGUCCUGAGCGAUCCUCAUCCUCAGGCGUAGAUACCUUAGACGGGCACGACGAAGAAUGUGCACUAGACGCUAAGCGGACGACAAGCGGUAGCGAUACUACUAAAAGACUACGCCAAGCGGCCGCAGCUUUAAAGCGAGCACCAGGACCCGUCCGUGCACCACGUCUUACGCCAAAAGACAGGAAACUAUUAAAAAUGAUUAUGGCAAUUAUGCUCUCGUUCUGGGUAUGUUAUCUCCCGAUAACGCUGACGAAGAUAUUUCGCGAGUUUACUUCGUAUCCGCUGGCAAACAUUGCUGGGUAUAUCCUUAUCUAUUUGACGACGUGCAUCAAUCCUAUUAUUUAUGUAGUGAUGUCCAGUGAGUAUCGGCAAGCCUACAAGAACCUGCUCAUGUGCCGCCGAAAGGCGUGACGGUCACCUGGAGAUGGCGUAGCCGAGAAGCAGCCGCCGUGACUAGUCGUCGACGGGAGAUCAGACUGUAUCUCCCUCAAACCGAUGAAUAAUAGUAUUUCGCAAAGAACUUCACUCUAAACUCUUGUGAGACUAUAUAAUUAGCGAGUACCUAUAAGGUAUUAGUAAGUGUGAAGUGUUUUUUUUACAAAAAUCGUUUUAAUCGCGAGCCGUCCGUGAUUGUGCUAGUGGAGGUGGGAUGAUGUUGACACGUAGAAAUGAGACUUUCAUUGGUAAGUAAGUUAUUGAUGACAUAAUGAUUGAUAUCCAAAGUAUAAAUAAGUAUAAAGUACCUAUACUAUAAGUCACUGUGCAAUCUCUUUGUAACAUGAAAUUUAUUACAUGACAUUAUAAUGUAUGGACAAGCUGCGAAUAAGUAGCAAUUGUUUCGUAUUUGAAUUGUACAGAUUUUGAUUGUGUUGAAAGUUAGCUUUUAAAUAUUCAACGUAUGUAUAUUAUAGAUGCUUAGCAAUAAAGGGGCAAGGAUACAAUAAUGUUAAAAAGCAAUAAAAUAUUGUAAUUUUGGAGAAGGCAUUGAAAGGCUAAGCAGUCUAUACCUUUUUAUAAAGUUAUAUAGGACAGUUUAAAUACAAAAUUAUAAGGUGCGAAUACUUUAUUACGUUUUCGAAAAUAAUGUAUUUUUCAGUAUGAAAGUUAACUUUGGUUUUGCCAACUACUGCUACGUAAUAAAGUUUACCGCGUUAUCGAACUUUGUAAUAAGGAGUUUACAUUGCAUUAAUUUUAGAGCAGAGCAAAAAUUGGUAUUUGUAUCCGCAUGAUUCCACUUGUAGACUAAUGAGACUCGAGUUCUAAUGGACACAGUCACAAGAUUGUUGCUGAAAAGCAUUUUUUUAAAUUAAAUAUUUGCCGUUUUUCUUUAAAAUGGUAACUGUCGGCAAUUGGUGUAUUAUUAAUAAUAUUUUUUUAAAUAACAUAACAAUUGUACCUAGCACUAACGAUAAUAGUUACGUACAAAGUGUACAAUAUCAAUGUGUGAUAUUAUUGUAUUUAAGCGGGAUGUCAAAGACAUUGUAAUUCGAAACGAUGAUUAUUGAAUCGAAGACGGUGCUGAUGUUUAACGAAAUAAAGGUAGGUUUUGUAGUUCAUUGAUAUUGGCCAAACAUUUUUGAUGAAGGUUUUUAGUCUCUUGAUCGCUAUAUAUGACGCUAUUUGAUAUUUAUAAUAUGAACGUAACAGGUACCGUUAUAGGUAGAUUAAAACCACAUUUUCCGCUAAAUGACUUUCAUAAAAUUCGGAUAUUUGAAAACAUACAUAGUCUAAUUAAUGACAAAUAAUUUGCUUUUAGUAUUUUUCUCUUAUUAUCCCUUAUUAUCAACAUACAUGUUUACCCUGAUGAUCAACUAGAUUUGUUUGAAUGAUUUACAGUAAAUCUAGACAAAAUGUGGUAUAUUCUUCCAUUUCAUAACUAAAGCAACAAGUGGUGUUAUUUUUUUACAAAAUAAACAAAUAUUUUUAAUAAAAAACCCGUGGUGGUAGGUAUUCAUUGUUAGUCAAUUAUGGAGUUAGAAACAAAACAUAGGCACUCAUUUAUUGAUUUGAUCGUACCCACUUGUAGUUACAUAAUAGCGGUUAGAAGUGAAAUGACCGAAGUGAAGUGAAGUGGUAACCGAAGACAAUAUUAAGCGGUUAGAAGAUUAAAAAUCGAAUGUUUAAAAUAUUGCAAAAUCGGGCUUCUUUAGAAUCCACCGCAGCAAACGGAUGUUAGACAUAACGUGUAAGACAAUAGAAAUAAAGUCAAUAUUUAAGACCAGCGCACAUCGGUUGCGUGUACGUAGCGCAUGCGCUAAAAUGUUGGAGCCGCGCACGCACACGUCACGUAAGCGGUGUGCCGUCUUUCAUGAGGAUCUGUAUAUUACAACGCGCAUGUGCACGUGUAUGUCUGCGCACACGCAUCUGGUGGCCCGUUUUUGCUGUAUUAUAUGUUGAGUGAGAAUAGUGGACGUUAUAGAAAUUCUGAUUUUUGCAUUUAUAUUAUGAAUCAAAGUGAACUCAACCAUUCCAAAUAUAGUAUAUAGGAAUUAACUUUAAAACUUAAAUACGACUAGGCAACUUCCUCGGGUAACUGAGAUUGUAACUAACAUUUGAAGCGAGCAUGAGCAUGUUAUUAAUAAAUAAGAAUUGGUUAAAGUGAUAUUUAUACGAUAGUAUUAAAGUUUUAAACUUGUAUUUAACUCCUAAGACUUUUUCCAAAGGCCAUAUUUUUACUCAAUGUCAUGGUAUAAUUGUUUAAAUAGUGUGUCCGUUUGAAAUAUUUUAUUGGGUAAUUAUCUUGAAAUGUUAUGUAAAAUUACACGAAGCCAUAACGAGUGACAUUUAAUGGUUAAAUUUAAUAAUUAUUAACAUGCAUGAUGGAUAUUUUAAAAGUAUAUUUACCGACCAAUUAAAUCUUAUUCUUAACAGUUUUAAUAAAUCUUAUUCUUAACAGUUUUAAAAAUCCCAAUGAUCUUAACAAUUAUUUGGGUUUUUCCUUAAAUAUUUUUGUUAAUUUAUUUUUACACAAGUAAAAACGGUGUUGAUUUUGAUAAAAUUACUGACUUGUUUGCAAACAAGCUACUGUCACUCGAAUGAACAUUUUUGAAGCGUAAAUAUUAUGUACUGCCAUAUCUGAAGGCCAUUUGUUGUAACUUCACAUGGGCCUAAUUUAUGUUAACGUUAUCAUGAAGUGUUUUGACAUUCGUGAGCCGUAGGGCUUAACGCAAAUUGUACAAGUAUUUAAAGCUGCUGUGUUCUGGAAUGUUUGUUUUCGGGCCCUAAUGCUUAAACGAAUCGGCAAAAAUAGGAAUUAAAUAAAGUUAAUCAAAAAGUAACGAUAAAAAUAAUAUUAAAAAAGUUGUCGCCGAUCAUCUAUGAAAAUGUUUACGUACUUAUUAAAUUUAAGGUCGUGGAGGAUAUCAGUCACCUUAAUAUGAGAGUUGACAUAAUAUUGAAAUAUCGGAAAGUCGAUAUAGUGUAUUUUUGUUUAUUUAUAUUUAGCAAAAACAGCAUGUCAGACUUUUAUACCGAACAUUUUGCUACAAAUCCACAAAACACGUAGACGUAAUAGGCAGCAUACAUUUUCAAUAGUUAAAUUCAAAAAUCGUUUGUUUGUAAUCGUAUGCUAUAUAAUACCUAUUCAUUCUUCCAGUUAUGAUUCGGCAUUUCUCGUUGUACCUAUAUAUCUAAAUUCCGAAUAUAUAUAGACAUUUAAAAAAUCAUUGUAAAAUUUUGUGAUAAGUUUUACUUCAUUAUGUAGUCUAAAUAACAUGAAAUAAUGUCAAAAAACUAAAAGGUAAACAAACAAACUAAAAAAAUAAUGUGUAUUACAAAAAAAAAAACAAAUUGUAUAUAUAGUUAAAAAAUAAUAUAUAUUAUGUAGGUAUUACAUCGCAAUGUGUAACUCCGUAUUCAGGAUACCGUUAACUGUUUAAGGUCACCUGGGCAGAUGGCAUAAGUAAGAUUUCCUAUUUUAGACUGUAAAUUGAUUACUAUCAUCUACCGAGUUGAAAACGCGGUAUUUCAACUAAAACGUCUGAGUUUCAUAUUCGAUUUGCUCUGACAUAUACGUACAUCAAAAUAUGCUGAAUCCUAAACUGAAAUAGAUUAAUUAAAUCAUAAAUAAUCAGUGACUAAUGUUUAAAGUACAAACCUAAUCUGACACAAUAUUUAAUGACUAAUUCUUGUAAAAGUAUUUUUAAAUCUUACCCUGCAUUUUUGCAGAAAUACUCAAUUUUAGAAAUGUGAUUAUAUGACAAAAUUAUAAGUCAACACCAAAAAAUGUAGGUACCAAAGAACCAAUUUGUUGGGUCCAUGCCAACCCUAAGCCAUUGUACUUACCAAAGAUGUAAUUAAAAUAAAUUAUAAUGUUAAAAUUA